AUGUGGGAGUACAGAAAAUAAAGGUAAGAGCUGUCACUGCAACAGCAGGAGAGAUGCUUGUUUUGAAGCAGAGGAUCAUCACACAAAUACCAGGUGGCUGGCAAAGUGAAGGCAUCAAGCAGAAGGAAUGAAACGCUUCUGCUGCUUCAGAGCCAAAGUCCUGGAAGCAUGAAGUUGCACCAUUCCGUGUGCACCUUACACCAGACACGUUUGUUAAGGACUCUAAACUGCAAGAUUUCAUUCCAGAUCUUCUUUUGGCACAAGAGGGGCUACAGGACAUUGUGAUCAGCAUUUGAAAAUGGCUGCAGGCUUGGAGAAAGCAUGUCAUCAAUGCAUCUCAAAAAUUGCCAGCAAUGCUUGUCUUAUUUUUGGACUCCUCGCUUUCUUAGCAUUACCUCUGUCUAUGGCUUUUACAGGAAUGAAGUUCCUAGAUGACUGCCCAGUCCAGCCACUAAUUCCUUUAUAUUUGCUCGUGGGUGGUGUGGUUGGCAGUUUGAAGGUAGGUCUUCUGCUCUUUGACUCCACCAGGAUGCGGCAGCUGCUUUCCAAGUCCGUCAUGAUUGAUGACGACGAUGACGACGAAUAUCCGUGGAGGCAGAAUGCACACAGAUAUUACCUUCAUCUGACGCUCAGCCUUUUUCUCUUACUCUGGUUCAUUCUGGGAAAUUACUGGGUGUUUUCAGUCUACCUGCCUAAUUUCAUCCCACCUUUCCAUCACCCCCAAGAUUACUGUGAUAAAAUCCUGUACAUUUUUGCAGUUGGGGUGCUCGUCAUUAGCCACACGGUGCUGUUUUUACUGAUCUUCUGCAGCUGCUGCAUUUAUUGCUUUUCUAGGCAACGAUAUGCAGCAGAAGAGGACUGAGGUCCACAGAAAGAGAGCCACAAGUAUUAAAAAGAUGGCAUAGAUUAGAAAGGGGCAACAAUGGUGUUUGCUGGCCAUAUAUACAGUGUAUGCUUGAACUCAUGAGCACAUGUGGAACAUACCUAGAGAACUCCAUCCAAGGGGAUUUUGAAAGCUGUUUCACAUGCUAUAUUACUCUUCAUAUAUGGCAAUCAGUACUCAUUAUAAGGAAUACGUUGUUCUGCCUUUUCUUUGAAUGGCAGCACAAAAGUCUGUUGGGCUCUGGGUGUAAGCCACUGUCUAUAUAUCACCUUCUCAGUGCAUAGUCAGGAGUGUCCACACACUUCCAUGUAAAUGGUCUCUCAGUUGCCCUGUCAGAAAGUAAAAGGUAAAGUAAAUGAAAAGGAGGUUCAGUUCUGCUGCAAAAGUAAUUACCGUAAUGGUACACAAUUGCCCAAAAGCAACUGAUGCAAAUAGUUAUGGACAUGUCUGGGUCUUGCCUCGUAACAUGUUCCUGGUGUGUUUUAGGUAAGAUGACCAGUUUUCAGUGGUAGUCUAAAAACUUCAAACUGUUCUGCUCUUGUUCCUGUCUCUCAACAGACUGUUCUUCUGUACCUUGGCUACAUGGGGGAAGAGAGUUGUCUGUAUGUUCAGAGGCACUCUUCUCCUCAGCAAGCAAACCCAAGGAAGAAACAGCUUUAGCAGAUGCUUGAGUGGGUCCAACAAUCUGCUUCUGUAACAUGUUCUUGGUCCUGGCUCAGGCAAAACAGUGGUUUGGACCUCCUGAUUACAACUUUUCAAUCCCAAGAUCUUAGGAACAUAGGAAGCUGCCAUAUACUGAGUCAGACCAUUGGUCCGUCUAGCUCAGUAUUGUCUACACAGACUGGCAGCGGCUUCUCCAAGGUUUCAGGCAGGAAUCUCUCUCAGCCCUAUCUUGGAGCAACGUACUGUAUGCUUUGGUAGUUUGUUGGUUCAAUAAAAAAAACUUGUCCUAUAAAAUCUUGUCUUAUCUUGGAGAUGCCAGGCAGGGAACUUGAAACCUUCUGCUCUUCCCAAAGUGACUCCAUCCCCUAAGGCUAAGGGGAAUAUCUUACAGUGCUCACACAUCAAGUCUCCCAUUCAUAUGCAACCAGGGCAGACCCUGCUUAGCUAAGGGGACAAGUCAUGCUUGCUACCACAAGAACAGCUCUCCUCUUUAUCUCCCCCGCUCCAUGAUUGUGACAGAAAGAGACCAGAAAAGAAGCAAUUUAUAUUUUCUUUUGUAAAAAAAUUAUUUUGAACGACCAAGUCAGCCAGGGGAAGACUAGGUCCUCUACUAAGUUAAUUAGACAGUGUGUUGGCUUUCUCUCUUAACCACUGCAAGAGGCAUAAUUUUACAUAUCACGUAUGAGCAUUUUGACUUCGAAAUUUCAUUGGCUGUAUUUUCAGGACUUUGGCUUGUUUUCUAGAAUGCUGCAUGUUGUUUUAAAUUUUCUUUGUGGAGCUGUGAUGAAACUGCUUUCCCCCCGCAAGACAGUAGAAAUGGCAAAUUCCUAGCAUGCUUGUGAGGCAAUAACACUGAGAUUUAGUAGCAAGCAUCCUAAUCUGAUGUAACUGUGAAAUAAUGUGUUGCUUUUCCUCCAUGUAAUCUCAUUAAGUUAAAAGGACCGCAGAGCCAUGUGGUAUUUUUGGUAGAAUACAGGAGGGGUUUACCAUUGCCUUCUCCUGCGCAGUAUGAGAUGCUGCCUUUCAGCACCUUCCUAUAUCACUGCUGCCUGACAUAGGAGUUUCCCAUAUUCUGCGAAAACACACCAGCGGGGAUUCGAACCAACAGCCUCCUGCUCUUUAGGCAGGUUGCUUCCCCAUUGUACCAUUAAGUGGCAAUCUCGUUAAGUAUUCUUCCAUAAAGACAAAAAAUUGCAAAUGACUUCUGGGGGUUUCCAUUCUCCAGGUUGAUGGAGGUGGUCGGCACAAGGCAUAAACAGUGCACCCCAAUCCCCUGGAUUCUUGUAAUACUCAAGCACUCAGUCCCUUUAUCUCUCUCUCCCUGUACCCUUCAGAAUGUAUUUUGCUAGUCUUUUAUGAAGAAGACCAUGCAACAUCCUAACCAUAAGAGACACAUAUAUGAACACAUGCCCUAAAUGGGGCCUUAUACUAUUGGUCCAUCUAUUGCUUACAUCAUGGCUUACACUGACUGACAGCAUCUCUCCAAGGUUUCAGAUCUUCCUCAUCCCUACCUGGAGAGGCCAGAUAAUUUGCAAGGUGUUAAAAAAAGAAUUAUUCUCUCUUGACUCCAAAGUAUUUAUGAUGGCAACAGGUCUGCUAGACACAUUUUUGUACAUAUAAAGUGUAUAUUUGUCUAUUUUUAAAGGUUAUUUUCAUUGUUAAUGUAAAAAUGAAAAUAAAAUAUGGAAAGAG